AUGCGGAAAUACUCUUGGCAAACGUCAUCAACACUACUGAUGAUCACGACAUUACUAUUACUAUACUCCACGCACCUGCUAUCUACAGCCGCAGCAACCAAAUUUUUUGACGGUGUGUCGAUCACUGUUAAUAGUCAAGACGAUUUGGGCAAGUUGAACGGUUUGAAAUAUAUAAAGAAUAUUUGGCCUGUGACGAUUGUUGGACGACCAAAAGUAAUAGUGAGUAAUGAUGAUAAUCAAGUUUCUCCAUCAGUUCUCUUUGCUGAUGGAUUGACCGGAGUUGCUGAAGUUCGAGCACAAACGAAUUACACUGGAAAAAAUGUCAAGGUGGGAAUAGUUGAUACUGGAAUUGAUUAUACACACCCAGCAUUUGGUAAUUGUUUCAAGACGGAAGGAUGUAAAAUUCAAUUUGGAUAUGAUUUUGUUGGUGACACGUUCAAUGGUACUAAUACACCACAUAGUGACGAUGACCCAUUGGAUCAAUGUUCCGGACACGGAACGCAUGUUGCUGGAAUUCUCGCUGCCGAUGAUAAGGUCAAAAAUUUUACUGGUGUCGCGCCCGGUGCGACGUUGGGUAUAUACAGAAUUUUUGGAUGCAAUGGCACAUCGACUAAUGAUUUAGUGAUUAAAGCAAUGGAACGAGCAGCCGACGAUGGAAUGGAUAUCAUUAACCUUUCACUUGGAGCUUUUGGUGGUGGCUGGGCAGAAUUGCCUACAGCUGCGGUCGCUGAAAAACUUGCAGCUCAAGGGAUAAUUAUAGUAGCUGCAGUUGGUAACGAUGGUGAUCAAGGAAUCUUCCAGGUUCAAUCUCCUGGCGUAGCACUAAGCGCGAUUUCAGUCGCUUCAGUUGAUAACACGAAAUUCCUAUCAUAUUAUCUAACAAUCAGUUCCGCACCUGAUCAAAAGAUUGAAUACUUCACUCAGAAUUUGACACGAUUUAAUAUUAGUGGAAAUCCCGAAAUCGUGCCUACAAGUAAUAACACCCAAGUGACCAAUGACGCGUGUAAUACUCUACCAGCAAACUCUCUAACCGGAAAAAUCGCAUUGAUUCGACGUGGAGCCUGUGUGUUCACAAAAAAAUUGGCGAAUGCUCAAGCAGCCGGUGCGGUCGGGGUUCUAUUCUACGAUAACGUUGAUUCCGUGCUUUUCACGCCAAUUACAGAUUCUCCAACCAUAAAAAUUCCAUCCGCGUUAGUUCGUGCAGUGCAUGGUAAACUCAUAUUCGACCAAAUACAAAAGAACAAGAAUGUCACAGUGACUUUUUACAAUGAUACUUUGCCGUUCUCGAAUCCGACAGCUGGAAAAUUAUCAGACUUCAGUUCGUUGGGACCCUCGAAUGAGUUGGACAUUAAGCCUGAAAUAGCUGCGCCGGGUGGUGAAAUCUUUAGCACGUAUCCCGUUAAACUUGGUUCUUAUAAAACACUGUCGGGAACGAGUAUGGCAUCACCGUAUUUGGCAGGUUGUGUGGCGGUUAUUUUCGAGGCAAAGGGUAAAUUAAGUGCAGAUGAAACGAAAAGAUUGUUAAUGAAUACCGCACAUCCAGUUACUGCAUCAAAUCAUACAUUAAAUCAGACAUCACCGCAAGCAUCGAUUAAUAAACAAGGUGCAGGACUUGUUAAUUUAUUGGAUGCAUUAUCUUCAAAGAUUAGUAUCACGCCUUCUAAGCUCGCCUUAAAUGACACCGGGAAUUACAAAGCUCUGAACACAUUAACGAUCAAAAAUUCUGGAAACGACACCGUGACAUUUAAAGUUACACAUGUUGGAGCACAAGCAAUAAAUGGAUACAAUUUCUCGGAUACAUUCGUGCCAGAACCACAACCAAUAUUCCUAAACUCAUUUGCCGAGGUAAACUUUUCAGAAUCUUCAUUUACGCUUGGACCAGGACAAUCAAAGAGUAUUAGAGCUGUAAUCAUGCCUCCACCUGAUUUAGAUGAGAAUUCAUAUUCCUUGUUCUCUGGGUUUGUUCUCUUUUCGGACGAAGCCAAUAACAAAUCGUACAGUGUACCGUAUAUGGGAAUGAAAGGGCUCUAUAAAACACUUCCAAUUCUCGAUACUGCUGUUGGUACACCAUUCAUUCAAAACAAGAACUUUGACAUUUUUACAGAUCGCAAUCAAAGUGCGACUUUUACCAUGCAAGCCGAUGAUAUUCCAACAUUAAUUGUACGCCUUGGACAAGGAACUCGUAUUAUGACCGUGGAUGUAGUCCCAGCGGACUCCAAAGAUCAAUCGAAUGUUGGAAGUCAAAAUGACGAUGAUUCGCCACCAAGUGCUCCUUCAAAACCAGAUUCGGCUCCAGUCGAAACUUCAAGUGACAAGAAUACAAAAAAAAGCAUUGAGCAAACCCCCGGUAUUUCAUCUGGUGCACCAACGACAACGCCCGAUAUUCAAGUCAAUAUAGUUCCAGACUCGUUGGGUAAAAUUGCAAUGGGCGGUGUAAAUUUUUACGUUUCACGAAAUCAAGAUACCGGCCCUAUUCUUGCUACUCCUAUUCCCUGGAAUGGAAGAGUGAAUACCGUUGAUGGUAUACGUAAUGUUGAAGUUCCAAACGGAUCAUAUCGACUAGUAGUGUCAGUCUUGAAAUUGUACGGCAAUGAAAAGAAUAAAGGAGAUUGGGAAAUAUGGGUUAGUCCCCAAUUGAAUAUCCAACGUCCAGGAUUAAGUAAUAGCACUAUUACUAACGCUAAUUGA